GUGAGUGGGAAGGAGUACUGGGAUCACUGUUGCUCAGACUUGGUUGUAGCAACGGUCUAUUAAUUCCUGGGUUCUCAGUAUCACAUAAUGCCACCAAGCGCAUGUUUGCUGAAAGAAUUACACAGGAAGCAACAUGGCUCCGGGAAAUAAAGCCAAGACAUUUAAUGGCAGCGCUAAAAGCCGACCUGCAAGCCAACAGUCAGGUUCUGGAAGGAAAAAGAAGAAGCGGGUGAAGAAAAGCGCUCAGGGCAAACAUAUCACAGAGCCAGAAACAACUCCGUUCUGCAGCCCUUUAGUCUAUGAUCCAGAGGCCAGCGUACAAGACCUAAUGCAGAAAUAUGCCAAGCGUCCUGAUGCAUUUGGGAUAACUGAACUUCAUGAAUAUGAGCCUGAUAUGCAGAUUAACCCAGGAGUCAGGUUAGGAGCCUGUAAUCACAUCAGCCGCUUUGAAAUUCCGAUGGAUAUAAAACUGCUUGAGAAUAUGACUGUCCACGAAUAUCUCAGAAACUACUGCCGGGUGGUCAAGCGACGACAGAUGUACUAUAAAAAAUUCUUUGAUAAAUUUGACAAAGAUAAAGAUGGAGUGCUUUCUAUUACGGAAAUGGAAAGUGCUUUGAAUGAUGUCUUCAGAGAGAUUCAUCCUGGACAAGUGAAAAAUCUCCUUACUUUGACAAGUGAAAACAAUGAUGUCUUUGAUUCCAAGUUGUUCUUUUCCAUGUGCGCUUUGUCAGAGCGCAUGUUUUACUCCACACCAGUCUCAGAAGACACCAGUGAAACAUACACUGAAAAGCAGUGGGUGGAAAGUGCAGAUUUCUCUGCAAUCAACUGGAAGUUUGACGGAUGCAACAUUGAUAAAACUUUAAAAAACCUGUUCACUGUUCUUGUGUGUAGAUUUGUAACGCUAAGUGGAGAGCUUUGAAAACGUUUUGUAUAGCUUUAAUAUGAUUCAGUCAGACAAAACUCAUUGUUGUGAAUAUUGACAAGUCUGGCCAACUAUCAGUAAAUUGGCAAUUAUAAAGCUAAGGCAGAGCAUCAGCAUUACAGUGUGAUGACAAUUAGCCAUAUCAUUAACAUAGCUUGAUAUGUUGUGCUAAUUUAAUACACUUUUUACACCAAAUUGCAAACAUCCAAUCUAGGUGUCAUUUAUAUGUAAUGGUCCAUUAUAUGUUAAUAAACUAGCACACAAGGCUGUGCAGUAUUAAUUUC